CAGGAGGCACUGCUAGAGGAGUGUGCCAUGCUGUGCUCAGUGCUGGAGGAGCCGGCUGCUGUCACCAUCUAGAGACCACUGUGCUGAUGCCACCUGCAGUGCCCUGCUAAGGAAGGAUCACUAGCUCUUACCAGGACCACCAGACCCAGCUGUCUGCCAGCUUCACCCCUCUGGACUUUAGAGCUGGCACAUACCUUUCCCCUGUCCUGAUCUGCUCCUAGACACAUUCAUUAGACUGGACUUAGCUGGGUCCCUCUGUAUCUUUCUGGAUAUUGACCUGUCAGGACAGAUAUCUGACCACUGAGGACCUACAACAACCUGCUCUGUACUUUGCAUUUCGACACAUUUAUUUUGGAACCCCCCAGCUCCUCAGGAUGACCCCUGAAUACUUCUUGAGGUCCUUGUUGAUGAUGAUUUUAGCAGUUUUCUCUGCAAAUGCUAGCAACUGGCUGUACCUUGCAAAACUGUCCUCAGUAGGCAGCAUUUCAGAGGAGGAAACUUGUGAGAAGCUCAAGGGAUUAAUUCAACGCCAGGUGCAAAUGUGCAAGAGGAAUCUGGAAGUCAUGGAUUCCGUGAGGCGAGGGGCUCAGCUGGCAAUUGAAGAAUGCCAGUAUCAGUUUAGGAAUCGACGCUGGAACUGCUCAACGCUCGACACAUUGCCUGUUUUUGGAAAAGUGGUGACACAGGGCACCAGGGAAGCAGCUUUCGUGUAUGCAAUAUCUUCGGCAGGAGUCGCCUUCGCAGUGACCCGGGCAUGUAGUAGUGGAGACCUAGAAAAAUGUGGCUGCGAUAGGACUGUUCAUGGGGUCAGCCCUCAAGGGUUCCAGUGGUCAGGCUGUUCAGAUAAUAUUGCCUAUGGAGUGGCCUUCUCACAGUCCUUUGUAGAUGUAAGAGAAAGAAGCAAAGGUGCAUCGUCCAGUAGAGCGCUAAUGAAUCUCCACAAUAAUGAUGCGGGCCGUAAGGCCAUCCUCAAUAACAUGCGAGUGGAAUGCAAAUGUCAUGGUGUCUCUGGAUCAUGUGAAGUGAAGACCUGUUGGAAAGCCAUGCCUCCAUUUCGAAAAGUUGGAAAUGUUCUGAAGGAAAAAUUUGAUGGAGCUACAGAAGUGGAGCAGAAAAAAAUUGGAACAACCAAAGUUUUGGUCCCCAAAAAUUCUCAAUUUAAACCACACACAGAUGAGGACCUGGUAUAUUUAGAUUCCAGUCCUGAUUUCUGUGACCAUGAUUUAAAGAAUGGUGUUUUAGGAACUACUGGCCGGCAAUGUAACAAGACUUCCAAGGCUAUCGAUGGUUGCGAGCUUAUGUGCUGUGGUCGAGGGUUUCACACAGAAGAAGUUGAAAUUACGGAAAGAUGCAGUUGUAAAUUCCACUGGUGUUGCUUCGUCAAAUGUAAACAGUGCCAUAAAGUGGUAGAGAUGCACACAUGUCGGUGAUCAGACUGAAAUCAAUAGCCUAUUUUUACCAGAAUGGACAAUUCUUAUCUCUACACACCACCAAUGUCAUUCCUUCCACCAUGACAAACGAAGCUCCAGAAACUGCAAAAAUUAUAAGGAGGGACAAUGAAUUUUUAAAAAAGAAUAUUUAAAGUCCCCAGAUAACAUUGAUGUAUAUUUGUAUCCUUGUUCUUAUUUAUUGCCGACAAACAUUGAAAUUCUAAGUCAGUGCUUCCAGUCUACAUGUGGUGAAAAUGACUUUGUGUUGCUGCUUCAAGAAGGAUGGAGACCGAGACAUGACCUAUAAAAUCUGCUGAAGGAACGGAACUCCAACAAAAUAUAUUUAAAAAAAAAAGAUUAAAUAAAUGGAAAGAUUGAGAGAAACUUAUAUAGGAUGACCACUAUCCACCUUGUUAUUCCAGUGACAUUGAACUAACUUUUACAAAAUGACCAAAAUAACAAAUGAAAAACUUUCGUUAUAUUUUUGAAAUGGAAACAAAAAUGUUAGCAUAGGUAUUUUAUAUCUAUAUCAAUGUAUAUAAAUAUAUAUUCAUGUUUUGUAUUACAAAUAUUUCUGUAAAAGAAAGAUUAUUAAGCCCAGUAUGAGGUCAUUACACAGGUUUUUCCCAUAUUUUCUCAUUCCUUGAGGACAGACAAUAGACAGAACUGUACGCUCUUUUUUUACGUAGAAUUUUCAUUUUCCCUUUUCUUUGACUUUCCUACUGAAAUUAGGAGGCAAAUCUGAUGCUUUGGAACUAGCUUAAAGAACAACCCUAGUCAUACGUGACCUAGCUCUUCAUACCUUUAGUCUUGUCCAUAGGGGCAUUAUUAUAAUAAUUAGUGCUGUAGGCAUUCAACUCAAAUGGACUUGAAAAGUAACAUAACAACCACUUUUUGAACCAGAAAUCUCCUUAGAGCAAUUGCCACUUCCCUUGCCUCCACUCACCUUGGUAGCUCAAACAAAGUUUACUACUUAAAAAGGGGGCGCCAGUGAGCACAGGGGAGCUCUUUGGAAAAUGUAUAUUGUCAAUGACUUUACAAUUUAACAUAGCAUUUUUCUGCACUAUUUAUGUUAAUAUUAUGACUGGAGUUGCUCUUUAAAAGCCUUGAACAAAAUAGAAAAUGUUUUAGAAAUUAUUAGUUUUUUUUUAUUUGUGCAACUUUUCAUAUUUAACUUUUUUCUAUAGCUAAUUCCCAGGGUCCAAAAAUAAUGAGAAAUUGUGAGAUCAUUUUUUGUCAGUUGGGUAGUGUUGAUAGGUUAACAUUUAUAACACAAUAUAUACUAAAGCAAAUCCAAGCAAUAGGAUAAUAAAUUGUAGUACAUUCACAUACCUCACAACAUUUUAGAAUUUGUUGAUGCUUUUAAGCACCAUCCAUGAUCUGAUCUGAAUCUUCCACAAAACACCCCAAAACUGUCCACUUCUGGGUCACGUGUGCAUCAGCCCAGCACCCUUUAAAGUCAUUUUGCAGGUCUGUCCUGCAAAAAAUGGGUCAGUUGGAGGUAUGCAUUCAUAUUUUCAUAACCUUUGGUAAGUAGGAGGGAGUAUAUGUAGUAGUUAAAGGGAAACAACCCUUUGUGAACAUGUACGUGUCAGUUAAGUAGAAAUAAAGGUACUUAUAGGGUAUAAUUUAAACAACUUCUGACAAAUUGCUCUAUGUCCGCAGUAAAUUUAUGACCUACUGUUUCUAUUGAUUGGGAAUCUUGGCUCACAAACCCCAAUGUUGGCUAGAACAAAGAAGCAAUGGCAAAAUAGCCCUUUGGCCACCUUCAGCUUGGAGAUUUCCAUGUGUCCAAAUGAGAUUACCUUUAAAAUCAAUAAGACUGUAAAUCCAAUGCAGUUAAAUAGAGUAUGCUUGAGCACCAUGGCCUGAUUGGGCUUUAAAAUCUCAGUGAUUUGUCAGGAGAUGUCCAAUGGAAUACAUUGCCUAGAACGCACUGUUUAUAGGAAGUCUACAACUUAUCAUUUAUAUAACUCAGUGACCCCUUCCCCAUCCUUAUUUACUUGUUUUGGAAGAAGAAGCUGCCAAUUUUUGAACAUUCUGUAGUUUGGCAAGUACAAUUACAUCUCCACAUUAUACUCCUAUACUAAGGCUACACAAAAACCAGAGGUGUAACUAAAAGCUCCAGGUCCCCAAUCCAAACUCAGUAACAGGUUCCCUACCUACCAUGUGCCAUUUAUAAUACUGGUGUUUUCUUAUGUGGCAGAGGAGUCUUUGAGCCACCUCAGGCUUCAGAGUCUUCUUGCAACUGGUACCUCUGCAUCCCUAUAGUCAUAUCCCUGACACCACUCACCAUGGUCUGCAUUUUGUGAUGUCACCAUUACCACCGGCUCUUUCACUGAUAAUGCAUGCAGCACAAUGAGGCAGCAAAGUAAUACCUCAGGCAAGGUAUAGUUGAUCCUAAUUUGCUUGCAAAAUUGUAGUCAAUAUUGUCUGGUUUAGAAAAAGCAUAUCUGAGUAUCCUUUUAGAUCAUAUGGAAAAGUGAUUGUUACCAGAAAAUGCUCCUCACAUCGGCAUGUUGAGAUGACAGAUCCACUUUAAUAGAUGGAGUCCCGCAUUUGGGGUAUCUAUCUAUCAGCCUGAAUGGAGAAAGACUACAAAGAGUAUAUCUUUCUCUGGAGGACUCGCUGUGUCCAUACAUUAUAUUACACAGUACAUUGAUUUCAAUUCACAUCAUUUAAUGCUUUUCAAGUGAGCACUUUAUUCCAGUUUCCUAUACAGAUUGAAGUAGAUGCCUUAGUCUCCCAGCAACAGGACUCCAGGGAUCAUCCCACUUUCAGGGGGCUCAUCUAACAACAAGGGAUUUUCCAAAGUAGGCUGCCCCUUUAAGGAUUAGCAGAUGUACCAUAGUUUGAGCAUCAUUGAAACCUAUAAAGCAUGACCUUAAGAACUAUUAUAGGUUGCACUGGAAACAUCUUACACCAUACUGUAGCUUAAAUCUAUAUAAAGACUCAAAAGGGUUGUCUAGCUUUCUGGACUGUUUUAACUUUAUGUAGCAGCCUGUUGUACCUGUUGAGAAAACCAUUCUUGCAGUCCUCCUGUCCCCGUCCUGUAAACGUAUCGAUGAACAGGGUCAUGUGCAUCGAUGGAGCCAAUGACUGACCUCUGCAGUGAUGUGUCCCCACGUGACAUGUCAUUGCUGUGGCAUGUGCAGUUUGGGGACAUGUCACCACUGAGGACAAACAGCAGCAGUGGCGCACAUGACCUGUCCAUAACUGACCAGAAGUAAACAGGCCCGGAACUGGAAGACUGAUGAAGAGAGCCGGAACGGAGCAGCAGGGAACAAGUGAGUAUAUUUUUCUCAACAGGUACAACAGGCUACUAUAGAAGUAAGUAACUAUGCUAAUAUUUUAUAAUGAUUUUAAUACAUUUAUAAUAACAUUUCAAAUUAUUGUUUUUGUACAGAUUUUUAGGAAUGUCAUAUUGUUUUCUGAUUUCAACAUAUUAUUAGUUGCUAGACAUACAACACACUGCUCCUGAUAAAUAGGAAAUCACCGGAAAUCUGAAUUUAGCUUUAGACAUAUUCAGAGAAGAAAAUAUCAAAUAAUCCAAACCCAGUAGAAGUUAUAAAAAGAAUAAGUAAACUUACACUUUGUAACAAAGAUUGUACUUGGAUAAGGGAUGGAUGUCCAUUAAAAACAAAACAAUAACAUCAUCAAUAUUGGCUUAUUUUUAUGCAUUGCAAAUGUACAGAAGUUUUCUGAGACACAAAAAAAUGGAGCAAAUUGCACCAGAUUUUUUAAAAUGGCAUAUGCAGAAUGAUAAAUGUGGUGGAGCUGCUAGACGUGUUUAACAAUUUCCUCUUUCUUAUGCUACUUCAUGGGUGGCAAAUAUUAUACCAAUAUUUUGCAGCAAAAAAGGUAUGCCUUUUACAACUGCUCUUAGCCAUGCCAUUUUUUGUAGACACUUGUUAAAUCUUGAAAAAGUAUCUAAAACAUAAAAUACAUUUGGACCAUGGGAUGUACCUGAAUAUUUUUGUCACAAAUUCUGAGUUCAUUUUUCCAGCUGCACAACCGCAAGGAAAAUGAAACGUUACAAAGCGAAAAGCAUGGACAUGGAAGGUCCUCCAAAGUUAAAAAAUGUAAGCGUUAGCUCAUAGAUGAGGGUUCUGGAUUAGGGGAUUCCCCUUCAUAAAUCUCCUAAUCAAUUAUUGCAUAAUGGGUUUUCUAAACCAGAGGUCCCCUAAAACAGAAGGAUAUGUCAUGGGCAGUACAAAUGAGUUCAAAGUAGCAGAUAUUCCGAGGGACACGUCAAACAGAUCACAAAUAACCAGAAACAAUGGCUUGAUAAAAAAUAAAAAAAAUGCAUGAAUUUCAGAAAAUAAUACAAAAAAUGAUGUGAAAAUCAAUCUUGUAAUCACGUAAUUGCAUGGUUAACCUGAGAUAACUGGAAUUUUAGUAAAGAUGACUAUAAAUGGGUAAAUGUCUCAUAGUUGUUGCUACUCUCACUCAUUACAGCUGCAUAUGGGGUCUUGACUUUUCUUGUCCUGGCAUGUAUCAUUGGAUAUGAGAAAUCUGCUAUUGUGCUAUGAAGUGAUCGCGAUUAUCAGAUGUUUUUUUAUAUAGUCCUCAAAAUUGACCCAAAUCCAGUCCAACUGGCAGUUAAGUUCUAUUGAAGACCAGAUUCACACACUAACAGCUGUGGCUGAGUGUAGGGCAUUUGCCACCCAACUUUUUUGGAGGCACUCCAACUGACAUUGUAUGCCUGAUUCCCAACAUUUGGCAAUUUAAAAAAAUAUAUUACAUGUAAUGUUGGGGGCAAAUGCACCAUGCCACAACCACUGGUGUGUUAGCUUGGCCACGCCAUGUUCUACAGGCUGAAAUUAUUACAAUAGUCUUGUUGGAAGGUCUUUAUUGUACUGUUAUAGCUCUGUUACUGUAAUAAUUUACAACUCCACCAGUAUAUACUUAUGAUUCAUGAUAUUUUUUACAUCCGGAAUAACGCAGCCAAAAAUCAUGGACUUUGGACUCUAAUAACAUACACCACUAUCCAAUAUGAGGAUUAACUAAGCUUUGCUUCUGGAGUCCAUGUAACAUGAUACGCUAGUAUCUCCAGCAUGUUUAAGGAAUCACUGGGUUACAUUUGAUUUAUGUAUCACAAUUUGUUCUGGUUUCAUUCUCUCUGCACAAAACAUACAACAUUUAUAUAGUCGUCUUAUUAGAAAAACGUCCCAUUUUUCCAUUAACAAAAAAUGUUUUAUUUUUUUACUAUGUAUUUUGGGAUUUUAGUGCAGGU